AAGAAUAUACUUAUGUUGCUAAAUAAGAUAAUAAAAUAAUCCCAUACUAUAUUUCUUGACAGAAAAACUAUUAAAAUAUAUAUAUGAUAAAAAUUUCUUUUGUGAACCAAAAUAUGUUUUGUUUUGCUAAUGAACAUGAGGUAUUUUGGAAAAAUGGUAAAGAAGUGCAGAGUCAAGUCAUAGCGACUAAUAAUGGAUUCUUUUCUUAAAUUGUAUGCUUAUUUUAAUUCUCACAGUCUUUUUGUUUGGGUCUGUGACAGAUCUAACAAAAGAUCUUUUAGACCCAUGAUUCUUCCCAAAAUUAAAGAAUUAAGUCGGAACCAGUUACCCACAAUGUCUCAUCUAAGAAAGGACUCACAGACCAGCAGCCAAGCAGAUGACGCAAUGGACAGGAGUGGGCUCCCUGACCUUCAAGGAAGAUUUGAGCUAUCUGGGAAAAGCAGACAGUAUCCAGUGGAUGCAUUGGAACCCCAACCCAGCAUUGGGGAUGUUAAGGACAUUAAAAAAGCAGCCAAGUCUGUGUUAGACCCAGCACAUAAAUCUCAUUUCCACCCUGUGACCCCAAAUUUAGUAUUCUUGUGUUUCAUAUUUGAUGGGUUACACGAGGCAUUACUGAGUGUUGGAGUGAGCAAGAGGUCUAAUAUUGUGGUUGGGAAUGAGAACAAGGAAAUGGGUACUCCUUAUGCUAGCGGAUUCAAAGAUAUGCCUAACUUUAUUGCCCUUGAGAAGUCAUCAGUUCUCCGCCACUGCUGUGCUUUGAUAGGCAUUGCCGCUGGAUCAGGUGAUAAGAUUUGCGCCAGCAGUCUCCAAGUUCAGAGACGAUUCAAGGCAAUGAUGGCAUCUAUUGGAAGACAUUCACAUGGUGAGACUGCUGAUCUGCUAAUUAGCUACAAUGCAGAAUCAGCCAUAGAUUGGAUCAGCUCAAGACCGUGGGUUGGAGAAUUAGUGUUCACAUUUCAGUUUGGAGACUUUGAAUCCCUUCUAUGCAAGCUACGCAAGUCAAGUUAGUUGCCAAGAAAGCACAGAUGACAACCUAUUAUGCUGUGAGAAUGUUUUUAGAUCAGUGCGUGGUUGGCUCCAUUGCUCUACGGGCCAUUGUGUCUGAGAUCCCAGUCUUUGAAGAGAAAAAAACAAUGGUUAAAAAGGCAUUGGGGAAAUAUUUUGAGUUUGGGGGUGUACUUUGCCACCCCAUUAUUGGCGAGCUAUCACCGCGAAUGUUCCCAAACUUAGCAACAGCGGCAAACUACUGGGCCAACAUGAGGAACCCCACGUUUUAGGGAUUUACAGCUCCUGAUGUUAUACCAGGAUCAACCAUCACACUCCCUUUGCUUCAAAUGGUAUCUACCCAGUAAGAUCUUGAGGGGGGACUGUUGGGUGGAAUCAUAGAUCCAUGCACUCCUAACAUGAAGUAAUUCUCAUUA